AUGGACGUGAUGAGCAGAGCCAGCGACACCGACAAGAGUAGCAACGGCACCCUGACCCUUACUGUCCCUCAGCGGUCUACCAAUGUGGCUUUGCUCACCCUUAUCCCUACCCUCUUGGUCCUUCUCGCCCUUUUCUGUUGGGCUCUUUUCAAUCACGCCAAGAAAGCUACUAAUAGAAGUCAGCAACGACAAGCACGAUGGAAGCCACUCUCGCUGAAGUACCCCACUCUAGUCAUCUUGCUCGGCAUCAAUGUCGCUCUUAUCAUCCUCCUGGAGUCGGCAACUAUGGCGCUUCCAGAACGAAGUGUUUCACCAAGAGCAGUCGCGAGGGAUGUUCAUGCCCUGCGGGACUCUUCACAUGUGGCGACGUCCCUCGAACUGAUGGCGGUUCGUGCUGAAAUGAGAUCAAGCUGCAAGCCAUCCAAGUGCACGGUAGACGAGAGUCCAGAUACUGUCAUAAAAGCACGCAGUUCGAGCACACCCUCACCAGGAGCACCGGGCCCCGGUAUCGGCUGGUUGUCAAGAGCGGAUAGUGGGAGCUUGUCGUCUUCGACGGUGUAUUUCAUCGGCACAUUCCUGCCUGUUUUGGCUGCUGUCCUCUUUGCCAUCCCCUGGAAGAUCAUAGAAUUAGACACCAAGAGCCUUGAGCCAUUCGCGCAGCUGAGUACCGAAGAGGGCAGUACGGCAUCAGACACACUACUGCUCCAUUAUGACGGACCCAAGGGGCUCUUCCGGGCAGUUGCAGGGGCCUUCAUCGGUCAUGUCGCUGUCGCAUUAUCGACGCUCUUGGUCUGGGUCUCAACACUGCUGACGCCUCUCGCGGCAGAGACCGUGGGCCUCACGCUUCAGGGCGACUGCUUGCAUGACUGGAAAAAGCAGUGUACCGCUACGUUGCAGGUAGCAACUCCAGUGGUAAGGGCAAUGCAGGCCCUACUAGCGAUCAUGUCCAUCGCCCUGUUCGCUUACAUGUUUAUUGUUGUUCGAAAACGGUCUUUCGGCCUGUGGUACGAUCCUCGUUCGAUCCUCGGCAUUGCGAGUCUAUCUUUGAGCUCACAGCUCACGAGAACAAUCCGCCAGAUCCCACUGAAGAAAGACGGGGUUUUUUCGAUUUCUCGUGCUGUCAAGACUCUGGGCCAGCGCCGAUUCAAGUUGGGAUAUGCAGCCUCCCCAGUUGGCCAAAGCGAGUAUGGCAUAACGGUAAUAGGUGACGAUGAUACCCUCGAGGUACAAGAACCAGUGCUGCCACUCAGGGCCUGUGAAAAGCCAGGAGAUGAGGACACCACUAGCUACAUCCCUGAGCAAGUCGAGGGCCAGCAACAACGAUCCAAACAGACUUCUGUCGGUUCCUUAAUGCUGUUAAAGAUCGGUGCUUUCAGCGCAUUUGUUGUCGGCCUUAUGGUUCUAAUUCUCUACUACCGCCUUACUUAUGACGAUACUGGGUUCGAAGAGUUCAUGGACUCACAAAGCCAUUUUGGUGUCCGCUUCCUAUUCACAGCCUUUGGUGUUGUCGUGCAUUCUUCCUGGAGCUCGAUCUUUGCCGAACUCGCCACGAUACUGCCAGUCUGGAAUAUGUGCCAGCACGCCAUGGAUCCCAAUCAAUCCAUUCUCAUGCCGCUCUCUCCGAACCCAUACACAGGGCUCACCAUGUACCUAGCUGAGCGCCAGAAACUCCCUGCCCUGUUGGCCCUCUCAACGAUACUCGGCGAGUUCCUGCCUAUUCUACUGGCUAACGUACCCUUCAACAACGCCAUCACGUGGAACACAUUCAACGGUUGCAGCAUCGCCAGUGUAGUCAUUCUGGCCGUCAUGCUCGUCGUACUCGCUGUCACUGCAGUCUACAUAUUCAUCCUGAAUCGCCGCCAGAGGGACAGUCCACUUGUACUACCCUUCAAGGAAAGAAAUAUGAAAACACUCGCUGCUGUGUUGUAUCUUGUGUGUCGCUCUGAUGCUUUCCUUGGGCAGCUACAAGGAGCAUCAAUUGCUGAAAAGUCUAUGCUUUUAAAGGCAGGCCCCUAUUACCUAGCUGACAUGUCUGCAACCGUCCGCGAAGGCUUGCGGAGCCGGCGACGACGCCCAUCGUCGUCGGAUGCCGCCCAGACUGCCCCACAACGCGUACCUGACGCGUCGCUGGCCGACGCGACUGACGACGAGAACGUCGGCACUGACAACGACCGAACCCAGACCCAGCGCCAGCCCUCAAGCAUAGGUAUCGAAAACGACCCGCAGGAGAUAAUCAAACAAGCUGAGCGCUUCCUUACUGUGGAAGCUAAUAAAGCCCACGUGGCGUACGCCCACAAAUUCACUCAGUCGCCCCAUAGGUUUGGAUGUCUGUCACGAGUCGGCUCAACCAAACGACAAGCCUCUUAA